UGCGUACUGCGGAGCCCUUGACCCCGUUUCUUCUUCGCCUUGCACGCUGGGAGCCUCCACCAGUCACUGUUCUCCGUCAUGGCGGCUCGUGUCCUGCUGCAGUGUGUCCGCUCGUUCGCCCGGCCCUCACUGAGGCUUUCCUCCGGCAGUCUGGCAGUCAGAGCCGGUGCCGCUCCAGCAGCAGCCAUCCACCGACCUCUCUCCUUCGCCGCAGACAGCCGGAGGACGCGGUGGCUCGGACAGAGUCGGGUUCCCUCAUUGGGAGUGUUGUGCCGACAGUAUGGCGACCUGCCCCCCCUCACUCUAGAGACCAUUAAAGACCGUGUCAUGUAUGUCCUCAAGCUCUAUGACAAGAUCAACCCUGAGAAGCUGCAGACAUCCUCCCACUUCAUGAAAGACCUGGGUCUGGACAGCUUGGACCAGGUAGAGAUCAUCAUGGCCAUGGAGGAUGAGUUUGGCUUUGAGAUCCCUGACGCCGAAGCAGAGAAGUUGAUGACUCCUGAGGAGAUAGUACAAUAUAUCGCAGACAAGAAGGACGUUUAUGAAUAAUCUGUUCUAUAGCUCACUACAAGAGGGAGGUCGACCUGAGCAUGAGCGCGCAGGAAGUACUUGUGAAGCAGAAAACCAUUUUCCACCUCUCCUGUCCGCUCUUCUGUCCAUCACAGCGUUUUUGGCUUCAGUGUCUUGUGUUUGACUGUAUUUAAAUGAACAUUUGCUGUGGGAGCUUGGAGACAAAAUAAACAAGAUUCUAGCAGUUUUUUUUUUUUUUUUUCCAUUUGUUUCUUCCAGCUCCAACCUGUGGUUCCGAUGUAUGAUUUCUCAUGAUUAUUCAAUAAAGACACAAGCUGUA